AUGCUCACACCUUGCCAAGGUGGAAUCGGGCCACAGAAGUCGUUACAGUGGCUACUCACAAUCGGUACGUCUGGUCAGGGUAUCUCGGGGACUAGGAAGUUACAGUGGCUAUUCACAAUCGGUACGUCUGGUCAGGGUAUCUCGGGGACUAGGAAGUUACAGUGGCUAUUCACAAUCGGUACGUCUGGUCAGGGUAUCUCGGGGACUAGGAAGUUACAGUGGCUAUUCACAAUCGGUACGUCUGGUCAGGGUAUCUCGGGGACUAGGAAGUUACAGUGGCUAUUCACAAUCGGUACGUCUGGUCAGGGUAUCUCGGGGACUAGGAAGUUACAGUGGCUAUUCACAAUCGGUACGUCUGGUCAGGGUAUCUCGGGGACUAGGAAGUUACAGUGGCUAUUCACAAUCGGUACGUCUGGUCAGGGUAUCUCGGGGACUAGGAAGUUACAGUGGCUAUUCACAAUCGGUACGUCUGGUCAGGGUAUCUCGGGGACUAGGAAGUUACAGUGGCUAUUCACAAUCGGUACGUCUGGUCAGGGUAUCUCGGGGACUAGGAAGUUACAGUGGCUAUUCACAAUCGGUACGUCUGGUCAGGGUAUCUCGGGGACUAGGAAGUUACAGUGGCUAUUCACAAUCGGUACGUCUGGUCAGGGUAUCUCGGGGACUAGGAAGUUACAGUGGCUAUUCACAAUCGGUACGUCUGGUCAGGGUAUCUCGGGGACUAGGAAGUUACAGUGGCUAUUCACAAUCGGUACGUCUGGUCAGGGUAUCUCGGGGACUAGGAAGUUACAGUGGCUAUUCACAAUCGGUACGUCUGGUCAGGGUAUCUCGGGGACUAGGAAGUUACAGUGGCUAUUCACAAUCGGUACGUCUGGUCAGGGUAUCUCGGGGACUAGGAAGUUACAGUGGCUAUUCACAAUCGGUACGUCUGGUCAGGGUAUCUCGGGGACUAGGAAGUUACAGUGGCUAUUCACAAUCGGUACGUCUGGUCAGGGUAUCUCGGGGACUAGGAAGUUACAGUGGCUAUUCACAAUCGGUACGUCUGGUCAGGGUAUCUCGGGGACUAGGAAGUUACAGUGGCUAUUCACAAUCGGUACGUCUGGUCAGGGUAUCUCGGGGACUAGGAAGUUACAGUGGCUAUUCACAAUCGGUACGUCUGGUCAGGGUAUCUCGGGGACUAGGAAGUUACAGUGGCUAUUCACAAUCGGUACGUCUGGUCAGGGUAUCUCGGGGACUAGGAAGUUACAGUGGCUAUUCACAAUCGGUACGUCUGGUCAGGGUAUCUCGGGGACUAGGAAGUUACAGUGGCUAUUCACAAUCGGUACGUCUGGUCAGGGUAUCUCGGGGACUAGGAAGUUACAGUGGCUAUUCACAAUCGGUACGUCUGGUCAGGGUAUCUCGGGGACUAGGAAGUUACAGUGGCUAUUCACAAUCGGUACGUCUGGUCAGGGUAUCUCGGGGACUAGGAAGUUACAGUGGCUAUUCACAAUCGGUACGUCUGGUCAGGGUAUCUCGGGGACUAGGAAGUUACAGUGGCUAUUCACAAUCGGUACGUCUGGUCAGGGUAUCUCGGGGACUAGGAAGUUACAGUGGCUAUUCACAAUCGGUACGUCUGGUCAGGGUAUCUCGGGGACUAGGAAGUUACAGUGGCUAUUCACAAUCGGUACGUCUGGUCAGGGUAUCUCGGGGACUAGGAAGUUACAGUGGCUAUUCACAAUCGGUACGUCUGGUCAGGGUAUCUCGGGGACUAGGAAGUUACAGUGGCUAUUCACAAUCGGUACGUCUGGUCAGGGUAUCUCGGGGACUAGGAAGUUACAGUGGCUAUUCACAAUCGGUACGUCUGGUCAGGGUAUCUCGGGGACUAGGAAGUUACAGUGGCUAUUCACAAUCGGUACGUCUGGUCAGGGUAUCUCGGGGACUAGGAAGUUACAGUGGCUAUUCACAAUCAGUACGUCUGGUCAGGGUAUCUCGGGGACUAGGAAGUUACAGUGGCUAUUCACAAUCAGUACGUCUGGUCAGGGUAUCUCGGGGACUAGGAAGUAACACAAUGUACACCCUCACUGUUAUACCUCAAUGUACAGAUAAGGAAUAUAUCUUUAUAUAAGUAACCAAAGAAUGGCAUAUUUAAAUCUAGAUACUCAUUUUUAGUGCAAGGAUAUUAAGUUGGGCUCACUGCAAUUGGAGGUUUACAGUUUAUUGAUGUAGUUAAACUCAUUCACCCCCGAAGACGCAUUUGAACUCUUCCAAUUCAAAGGUUAGAAUAGUUCAUUAUGAAGUUGCAGGGUUGACUGAGUUAAUGCAACAUUUCGACAUUGCUCUUCAAAGUAUAAGAAAGUUUUAAUGUGUUUCUGAUUCACUGGGAUUGAUUGUUUUUAACAAAUCCUAAUUCUUAGGGCCAUGGAUAAAUGGUAUUUAUUAAGAAAAUGUAUCGCUGAAAUCUGUAUAUUAUAAAAGGAAAGUGCUUGGCUAUAGCUGCUUGGCCUUUCAGAUUGUUUUAUCUUAGCAAGAUAUUGAAUGUUGGAGGAAUGUGUUGAAUAUUGUCAAUUAUAACCAAAAAGUAAGAAUCAACUGUAACAGAGAGUAAGUUUAGCAUGUAUUAAAUAUAACCACAGAAGGUAUAUAGAUUGUUCGUGUUAGAAAUUCCUGAUCUCUACAGCAAUAAUUCUGUUUUCUGAAUUUCUGUUGUAAUAUCACAGUAUGAUAGUGCCCUACAGAACUUGUUAGUUGAUAAAUAAAUGUAGAAUGUGCUUAUGUUAUCGUGCCGGCUUAGUUAAUGGCGAUCGAGGAUAAAACUUCUCUCUGCUCUAUCAACACUGGUAGAUUUAGCGUUUGUUAAUAAUAUUUUAUAAUCAUUUUAAGCAUAUAUAUAUAUCACUGUGUUAUUUUAUUGGUUAUAUUGUUUUUUUCUGCUGGUGCUAAUGUAGUCCUUGAUCUGUUUGAUAUUAUAAGGUUUGUAUAUCAGAAACAGCCGCCAUUCCCAAAAUCCAGCUUUGUGUAAAUACAGUAUUUCUGUGAUAUCAAGCUUAAGCUGCGUCUGCUGAAUGGAAGAUAGAAGGUACUUUGGUAGUUGAGCAUGUUGUGUUACCCAAAGGAAGAUAGAAGGUACUUUGGUAGUUGAGCAUGUUAUGUACCCAAAGUAAUAGUAGUUGAGCAUGUUGUUUUACCCAAGGGAAGAUAGAAGGUACUUUGGUAGUUGAGCAUGUUAUGUACCCAAAGUAAUAGUAGUUGAGCAUGUUGUUUUACCCAAGGGAAGAUAGAAGGUACUUUGGUAGUUGAGCAUGUUAUGUACCCAAAGUAAUAGUAGUUGAGCAUGUUGUUUUACCCAAGGGAAGAUAGAAGGUACUUUGGUAGUUGAGCAUGUUAUGUACCCAAAGUAAUAGUAGUUGAGCAUGUUGUUUUACCCAAGGGAAGAUAGAAGGUACUUUGGUAGUUGAGCAUGGUUGUGUUACCCAAGGGAAGAUAGAAGGUACUUUGGUAGUUGAGCAUGUUGUGUUACCCAAUGGAAGAUAGAAGGUACUUUGGUAGUUGAGCAUGUUGUGUUACCCAAUGGAAGAUAGAAGGUACUUUGGUAGUUGAGCAUGUUAUGUUUCCCAAAGUAAUAGUAGUUGAGCAUGUUGUUUUACCCAAUGGAAGAUAGAAGUUACUUUGGUAGUUGAGCAUGUUGUGUUACCCAAUGGGAGAUAGAAGGUAAUUUGGUAGUUGAGCAUGUUAUGUUACCCAAUGGAAGAUAGAAGGUAAUUUGGUAGUUGAGCAUGUUGUUUUACCCAAGGGAAGAUAGAAGGUACUUUGGUAGUUGAGCAUGUUGUGUUACCCAAUGGGAGAUAGAAGGUAAUUUGGUAGUUGAUCAUGUUAUGUUACCCAAUGGAAGAUAGAAGGUAAUUUGGUAGUUGAGCAUGUUAUGUUACCCAAAGUAAUAGUAGUUGAGCAUGUUGUUUUACCCAAGGGAAGAUAGAGGGUACUUGAGUGUGAGUGUGUUGCAUUGGAAAACCUGGUCUGCAGAAAAAUGGAUCAUUUUGAUGAGUAUGACCUGUAAAAUAUCAUGGAUCUUGCCGUUUUUUGUUAUGUUUUUUUCAGUUUAAUUUGAAAUGUACCCCAAGCAUAAUCAAUGAUUUUUUUAUACCUUGUUUACCAGCCUAACCCAUUAUCCAUUAUGAAAAGUUGGUUUGUGCAUUUUACACUUUUUUAUUAUUUUGUUCCAUUAUAAAACCAAUUUAUAUAAUCCAGAGAUGUAAUAUUUUAGUUAUAUUUUAUACCUAACAUCCUCAAUAUCUUGUUGUUUUAUCCCUCGUUUUGAUGUUUGCUCCUCACACAGGCUACCAUUAUUACUACAGUACUGAUGGUAUAGGUAUAACAGAGGACUGCUCACAAGUCAUGGUGAUAUAUAACCAUGGACUGCAAUUUAGUAAUGCAGCUGGAAUGAAUGUCAGAAUAGGAUAUUAAACGUUGUUAUCAAUUA